AUGGACCAACAAGUUCGAAGAUCUCGACAUGCUCGAUCACAAUCCAUAAAAACCACAUUCCUAGCACUCCUGUGCUGGGCCACAUUAAGCAAAGCAACUUGCUACUUUCCAGACGGCACGACCGCGACUAGCAUGGAAGUAUGCCCUAACACCAAGUCAUGCUGCGGCAAAGGCGAGGCAUGUCUAUCGAACGGGCUCUGCUUCGGCGCCAACUUAGGUGUUAUAUAUCGCGGCAGCUGCUCAGAUAGCUCAUGGCCCAUCGCGGACUGCCCACGGGCAUGCUACACCGAUACAGAAAUCCCAAGUUCAUAUGCGAAUCUCUUUCAAUGUCCCGACAAUGUUGAAUGGACAAAUAUGACAUGUAGCAGCAGAGGAGAUGCGGAAACGGCCUGUGGCAUCGAUGCUGUAGGCUCGUGGACAUACGUCUCUGGUGGGAAUGUAACGACGGCGCGAAAUGGCGAGUCGUCAUGCACUACGAACGUGACGGAUUCAAGCUCGACGCAGACAAUCUAUCCCACAUGCACAAAAGCCGCAACUGAGUCGUCUGGCCACUCUACACUUGCUCUUGGCGUGGGUUUAGGUGCUGGGCUGGGUGUACCUCUGUUGAUAUCGACGGCGUUACUGGUAUAUUGCGCGAACUCGCGCCGGCUACCUGGUUCACGGCAGAGUGUGAAUAUGGAAGGAAUGAAUACAAGUACACGAUCGAAACAUCUGAUGGAGUUGAACGGGGCAGGGUGUGCCCCUGAAUUGGAGGGCAAAAUACGAUCUGAAUUACAGGGCUAA